GCACGCGGCGCUUUACUGCCUGUUACUGACACGGGAACGUGUAUUUUCAGUUAAGAAGCACGCGCGCGCUUGUAAGGUUACAUGGUGAUAUUUAGAGACGUCGAAGAGGAUGUCAACAUUGAUUUGAACGACAAAUUGACGCACACGGUUGCAUACAAUGUCCUUGUGCUUUCGUGUGUUACCCGGCAAGCUUCCGUCGCUCGUCAGCAGCCGAAAACCGCUGUCGAAGCUCGACCGUCAUGAGUUGCGAAAACAUAUCGAGUUGUCCGCCUUUCUGAAGCAGUUUCUGGGCACACAGCGAGCAUUAUCCGUAAGAGCAAACGUUGCAGACAAACCAUCUUUUGUGGAUUGCACAUUGCAUCCAAAUUUAUCGCUCGCUUUUCUUGACACUUACAGUCAAAGGAAUGAGAAGUUUGUCAAGCAAUAUGUUGAUGAUAAGAGGACAAAAGCGACAAUAUAUUGGGCCCAGGGCCAGAACAGAUCACAUAAUAAAUCACAGAGGCUCAGUAUUGUUCACUUGAAAAACAGGAAACACUUAACUCCUAUAGGAAUUACAUCAGACAAUGUUACAUUGUUUCAGGCACAAAAUGCCAUAAAAAACAAUAAGAAUAACUUGAUUCUAGAUAAUAGUAGGAUUAUCUCUUCAGAAAGCUUGCACAGUAGUAAACAGCAUAAUGUUGAUAGAGAUAUUUUAUUUAGUUCUAAUGAUGGCAUUUUAAAAACAAGUGUACCACAUGAUAAUGAGGGUAAACCAUCGCAGGAACAACUGCAAUCCAUAGUCGAUUGUCUUAGUCAAGAUUUACCAAAGCUGUUUGUAAAACCUCAGAAUUGGUCAAUAUAUACUGAAGAUAUAAUUUUCAUCAAUAAUAUCAGAGGAAUAACCACAAAGGGACUUUCAAAUUAUGCAAGACAUUUGAUACUGUUAAGGGCAGUUGGCCACUUGAAGUUUGCACACGUUAAGCUUGACAUUAUAAAAAUCACUAUGCACACUGAAGAUAAUACGGUGAAAGUUCGUUGGCGCAUACGAGGUGUUUCAGGUUGGAAAGUGAUUGUCAUGUUUUGGAAAUAUAAAUUUUGGAAAAUACAAGAAGCUAUAGAUAGAGAUCAUGAAAUAUGGUAUGAUGGCUUCUCUACUUAUUACGUUAAUGGCCAUGGAAAAGUUUAUAAGCACGUUGCAGACAAGAUAAUGCCUGAUCAAGAUGUGGUUACAAAAAAAGAAGAUCUGCCUAUCACACCGAAAUUAGCACUAUUUACAGGUCUUGCAAGCAUGUUUGAUAGCAAUGAAGACUAUUUUGGAUUGAAUUCAAACUUAAAAUUGCACCAAUUGAAGUAAAUACACUAUAAAUAGAAUAAUAGAAUUAUA